UUUGAUUGGUUAGACCAUUGGAUUUCCCCUACUGCAAGUCGCGCCAACUUUCAGCUGUGAACAUGGUGAAAUACAUGUACAACAUUCAAGAUAUGUUGAAAAUGGGAUAGUUUAAAGCAACUAAACCAGAAAUACCUACUGCAUAGAUAGUGCCUGAACAAGUUGCAAAAUGCCUCUAGUGGAUGUGAAAGGUGUGCAUGUUAACUUUCCAUUUGAUCCAUAUCCUUGUCAGGUUACUUACAUGGAAAAGGUGGUAGAAUGUCUGCAAAAGAAUGUAAAUGGAAUCCUGGAGAGUCCCACUGGGACAGGGAAAACCCUGUCUCUUCUCUGUUCAUCCCUGGCCUGGCUCCAGGACAAGAAGGCGCAGGUGGAGCUUAACCGCCAGGCCAACAUCUCCUCACUGAUGGGUGACAACGGCAGCCUGCAGAACAACCAGAUCGAGGCCCUGAAAAAAAGUCUUGAGUCCACCACAGGCAUGACAUGGGGAGGGAGUGAAUUCGCUGUGCCAAAGAUAAUAUAUGCUUCAAGGACUCAUUCCCAGCUCACUCAGGCUGUGCAGGAGUUGAAAAGAUCAGCUUACAACACGGUAAAAGUCAGUGUUAUAGGUUCCAGGGAACAGCUGUGUAUUCAUGAACAAGUCAGGAAAGAAAUGAGUAAUGCUGCCAAGGUGCACAUGUGUAGAGCAAAAGUGGCAGGGAGGACAUGUUUUUAUUACAACCAUUUCGAAGAAAUCAAGCGCAACAGUGACCCACGGCAGUUAGUUGGAGAUGUGGUGGACAUAGAAGAUAUGGUGCGAUAUGGAGAAAAACAAAGGGUUUGUCCAUACUACAUUGCCAAGGAGUUGAAGAAUGAUGCUGAUGUUAUUUUCAUGCCUUACAAUUAUCUUCUUGAUGCUAAGUCAAGAAAAGCUCAUGGUGUAGAAGUACAAGGAAACAUAGUCAUCUUUGAUGAGGCCCACAAUCUGGAGAAGAUUUGUGAGGACAGCUCCUCUUUUGAUUUGUCCCCGGCAGAUUUGGCAACAGCCAUUGAAGAGUUGAAUCGAUUGGGUGAAAAACUAUUUGAAAUGGCCAAGACUGAAGAAACUGCCUUGGUUGAAAUGACAGAUUCCAGUGCAAUGCCAGAGCCAGAAUUUACCUUGGAGGAUGUUCUACGACUGAAAUCUACCUUUAAACAGCUGGAGGAAGAAAUUGACAAGAUUGAGGUUCCAAACAAAGAGAAGGGGCUAACUAAACCUGGAGUAUUCAUUUUUGAACUCUUGUCAAAAGUCAACAUUGCAUUUGAGACAAAGAACUUUUUUCUGGAUCUCUUGGACAAGAUUAUUUCCUAUGUCACAAGUGACUCCACGGGAAUGGGUUUUCACUCCAAAGGGGCAGGCUUGACAAAGAUGUCAGAUGUUCUUCGGGUAGUUUUCAGUAGAGAGGUACCAGAUGGGGGAUCUGUCUUUCAGCUACAACAGAUGUUGGCUAAAUCUUACAAGGUUCAUAUUCAGCCUCUUCAGGCAAACAAGAAGAGAAAGUUAGAUUCCUGGGCCACACCAUCUAUUGCUGAUAAAUUGGGUAAGACCCUGAGUUACUGGUGCUUCAGCCCCGGACACAGCAUGCUGGACCUGACAGCCCAUGGGGUGAAGUGUGUGAUACUGACCAGUGGAACCCUCUCACCCCUUGAGUCUUUCAGCUCAGAGAUGCAGAUUCCUUUUCCUGUAACCUUGGAGAACCCCCACGUCAUAGACAAGCACCAGGUGUGGGUGGGGACACUCAAAAAGGGACCAGAUGGGGUCACUCUGAACUCAAACUAUCAGACCAGGUUCAAUGAAAACUACCAAGCUUCUUUAGGAAAGGCAUUAGUCAAUUUUGCUAGAGUUGUACCAAAUGGUCUUUUGGUGUUUUUCCCGUCGUACCCUAUAAUGGAAAAAUGCAUUGAAAACUGGCAGCAAAAUGGUGUCUACAGCGCUAUUACCCAGUACAAACCUAUUCUUGUAGAGCCCAGAGGAAAACAGGCUUUCACUGAUGUCAUGGAGGAAUUUUAUGAAAAAAUUAAUGACCCAGCUUUAAAUGGAGCCAUUUUCGUUGCUGUGUGUAGAGGGAAGGUGAGUGAAGGUCUGGACUUCGCAGACAACAAUGGACGCGCUGUGAUAAUCACCGGUUUACCCUUCCCUCCUCGCAUGGACCCCAAAGUGGUGCUGAAAAUGCAGUUCCUCGACGAAUCGAGAGGCAAAUUGGGAUUCAAGAGUCUCUCAGGACAGGAAUGGUACAGGCAGCAGGCAUCCAGAGCUGUCAAUCAGGCUGUGGGGCGGGUCAUCAGGCACAGGAAAGACUACGGAGCUAUUUUAUUAUGCGACGAAAGAUUUGCUGGAGAAUCAGCGCUUCGCCAGCUUCCUGUUUGGGUUCGACCUCAUGUCAACAAAUAUGACGUUUUUGGACGUGCAAUUAGGGACAUGAUUGUUUUCUUUAAAACUGCAGAGCAAACACUGCCCGUACCUGACAAGAAACAGUACAGAGCUGGAGGGUCGGUCAGUACGGCUGGCUGUCACGGUGCCCAUUUCAUGCCCACAGUCAACAGACACGGUCCAGCACCUUCACUGUCAAAGGCUGGCAGUGUGAUAGCCCAUGUACCAAGUCUUUGUCAGUCAGCCGCAGAUGAAGAAAAAAGUUUAGCCAAGCUAAAGAUUCAGUAUGAAGGAGGGCCUUCAACAACUAGUGUUGAUUCUAACAAAAGAAAUCUCCUGGAUGCACUCAGUUCAUCAGAGAAGGAUGGGAAUCUGGAUGAUGAAACAGAUGAUAAGUAUGGAUUCAAGAAACCUAAGCCCAUGAUGAAGAAAAUACCCAGCAAGAAGAAAAUUGUGAUUAAGAAGAGAGAUUCUGAGUCAGAGAGUUGCUCUGUAAACAGACAGAAUUUAUCAGGAUCGGUGAUGGAGGUCAGCUCAGCUGUGACAAAUUCCCAUCUACAGUCUGCGGAGAAUUACAUCCUAGAGGUAAAGAGUUGUUUGAAUAAGGAGUCGUAUGUGACUUUCUCCAAAGCUCUGGGUAUGUACAAGAAGACUGGACAGUUGUCCCAGGCAGUGGGGGUGAUGGCCGGACUGUUCACAGAAAACCCCCGGGACUACCAUCUCUUUAGAAAGUUUUAUAGAUUUGUGCGACACAAGGAUAAGAAGGAGUUUGACUCAGUGUGUAAGGAGCUGACAGGAGAGGGGUGUGGCUACAAACCGGAGGACUCCGUACCCAAGAAACGGGUCCAAUCCGAGGCCUCUAAUGUCUCCGAGCAGCCAGAGAAAAAGCAGAAAACGGACGUCACUGGAUGUGUCUUACAGCCAAAAAUAUCCACAUGUAACAUUUCCCAAUCAGUCAGUAACAGCAAGUUCUCAUCCAGUGAUUUAUCUUCUCUUAAACUGAACUCUGUGAACUGUGAUAGUGCUCAAGCAGAGAGAUGUGGGGAGAUCACAAAGAAGGACGGACAGAACUGUUCAGUGGAAAAGAUGAGUGAGCGUCUACAGAAUGUCAGCGGACCACUGGAUAUACGCAGUUCCUCCUCAGAGAGAUCUUCAGGUUACACUUGCUGUAAAUGUGAGAGUGAAGCCAAGGUGCCAUUCCAGUCUGCCUGUGAUCAUGUAUGCUGCUUCAAAUGUUGGAAAGAAGUCUUCAAUAAUCUAGAUAAGAAGUGUCCUGGCUGUGGGGUGCGCGUCAGAAGAAGAGAUCUGAAGCGAUUGUUAUUUCCUGGACUAGGAAGUGAGGACCCAGGCUGAGGGAAGAAAAAUCUUAUAACAUUCAUACAUCAAUAUGUGAAGGCAGCAUGUUCCCUACACAACGUUCAAUAUAUGUACUAGCCAGGUAUUAAUAAAGAAGCAGGCUUCAGAAUACAA